UUCACCUUUUAAACACUCUUUACUCUUCAGGCAUCGUCUUAUUCUUUACAGUACAAACUCAGCUGUAAGUGUGACUUCUCAUUUUGUGAAUAUAACUAAAUAUAAAGCUCACACUAAUCCAGAAUAUGAGGAAAACUGUGCAAGCAACCUACUAAGAAGGUAUAAAUCUUUAGUUAUAAUCACUCAAAAUAUUAUUAUAGAACUGUUUAAGGCUGGAAAAAAAAUGUUUUUGUACUAUGUGUCACUGUGUGUUUUAUUUCUGUCUUUACAACAAAGGGUUCUGUUUGUUGCUGCUUUAUCUUUGAAUGGUGAUCAACUUGAGCGUCUUCAGGAGAAUCAGCUGUAAAUAAAAACAAUGCAGAGGAGUUGGUGGUCGUGUCUUGUGAUCCCUGCGGCCAGACAGACAAAACUUCGCCACUCGGCAGCCAUGAGAGGACAUUUUUCUAUUGAAUGGAUGGCCCAGAGCAGCCAGCAGCCAGCAGGGACAGAGAGCGUCUCUGCCUGCGGGACACAUUCAGAGAGUCUGCCGGGUUUUUACUGCAGGCAGAAGUCUGAACAUUUACCCGAGCAGCAAGAAAACAGGAGCCCGGGCCUAGAUGCUUUCACUCUCCAGCACCAAACCUCUCACAGUAAUCAAGUGGCUGAUGUAGGUUUCAGCAGCGGGACGGAGGAGGAGACCUCCGGGUACGAGAGCGAAGGGGGCCACUGCCUCUCCCCCUCGGCCCCAGCUGAGUGCACCUCCACCUCACCGGCGUCCCCUCCGUCAGGGAGGAGACCCCGGACGGCCUUCACAGCGGAGCAGAUCAGCAGCAUGGAGAGGGCCUUCAAGAGGAACGCUUAUCUGGGAACGCAAGACAAGGCCGAGCUCUGCAAGAAGCUCAACCUGUCUGACAAACAGAUCAGAAACUGGUUCCAGAACAGGCGGAUGAAGCUGAAGAGGUCGGUGCAGGACGCCCUGGCUCACGCCUGCCAGGCAAACGUUGCCUCUCAGUUGAUGCAUUAUCCCGAGCUGCAGGCCUACAGACCGGGGCCCUACCCGAGGUAUCACUCAGCAGUAGCGGCACAGGAGGGCCCGGCUGCUUCCUCCUACGUCCACCCACACAGCCUGCAGUACAGCUCUCCCCUGCCCAGCCACCCCACACUGCCCCUGGACUCUUUCUACCAGUACAACAGCCUCCCAGGAGUCAUGCUGCCCUCUGCCACGACUCAACUCAUGGGAUCCUACCCGGCUUAUCAUCAGUAUUACUGAUAGCGUCCUUCAAUCACCACCUGACGGGCCUGUGCAUCUACUCUGAUCUUUACUGUGAUGUCUGUGACACAAAAUGAGAUUGUAUUGAUUAUAUUUUUUCAUAAAAAUGUCGUCUUGUUAUCCUAAUAGGAUCAAUGCUAAUAGAAACAGAUGGUUUAUAAAGGAACACGGCACGAUUACUGCUGUGAAGCUCGAGUGCUAACUUUUAUUCAAACAGGGGGGGUGUGCAAUAUUGUGAUUUGCUUGUGUAGCUCUGCUUGUAACUGUUGUAUAGUUUUGGAUAUAUUUAAAUUUGAAUCUAUCAAGUUGUUUUAUUUGAUUUGUGUUAUUAUGUAAUUGUGAAAUCUUAUCACUAAAAUAAAAAUCACUAUUAAAACGU